AUGAACAACAAGCUGUGUCUCUCCGUUGCCUUUCUCCUGAUGACUUCAUACUUAAUAAAGGAGGUUAAUUCUCUGGUGGAAUUUACUAAUGUAAAAUGUGAGUCCGUGGACAAGGACUUUUGUGAAUUUGAUUAUUGUAUUCUGAAAGCUGUAAACCGAACAUACAAAUAUUUUUCCUUAAGAGUUAAGCUUCUAAGGAUUCCUGUAACCAAAGUUAAGGUUAGUCUUGGUCUCUACAAACGGCUGAAUGGCUAUAAGCCCUUUCUCUAUAACAUAACGAUAGACGCCUGUAAAUUCCUGAAAAACCCGAAAUCCAAUCCAGUGGUUACCUUCUUUUAUGAAUUCUUUAAAGGAUUUUCCAAUUUAAACCACACUUGCCCAUUUGACCAUGACCUUGUGGUGGAAAAGAUGACUUAUGGCAGUGUCUAUAGCCAUUUCACCGAUAAACUACACUUUCCAGAGGGAAGCUACAUGAUGGAAUGGCACUGGUUGGCCUAUGACAUAAAUCGAGCUGUUACUAAAUUCUAUUGGACAAUUUCGUGA